UAUUAUACGGGGAGGAGCCUCCGACUGACGUCAGUUACAGUUACUGAUUUUGUCCAACAAGAACCAUCUUGAAGGCUCCCAAAGCCCAUCCUGUCCUCGUCUGUGCAAGCAAAAGCGAAAACGUCCUUUUAUAGGACCCGACGUUCAAAGUGUUUCUAGUGCUUUGUGAUAUUUUAUUCACUGUUCGUGGUAUUUAGGAAACCCUAUUUUCAAUGCGUAUGGCUAUUGCGUAUUUUGGUGAACCCGUUUUCGCAUACAUGGAGUUCCAGUUGGACAGUGCGGAAUAUUGCCAGGCUCAACACAAAUAAACUGAACGGAAAGGCAAAAACUAACUCAUUGAACUUAGUCAUUUUUGCAUCAUUGCCAUAGUUUAUUGGAUUUACCUCAAAAGCCAAAUAAGCUUUGAAUCUAGACGAAAUUUAUUUUGCUCCUAUUACCAUUUCACAUGAGCCUUUUUUUACUGUUGAGUUUUUUUACAUUGCUGAAGCAUAUCAACUAGUGUAAAUAACUACCUGAAGCAAGUUACUUAAUAAUAUUAAUUAAUUGUUUUCGAGAGACUGAUUAUUUCUAAUAAAACGGUGUAAUAAAUUAACCUUUCAACUCUCAAAAACCAAUAUUUUUCAAUUUGGUGACUGAUUUUAUUCAAGAGGGAACGAUGACCAGCGCGAUGAGGCAAAAGGACAUCCGCCCUGCACCAGCAGAAAUCAACUAUAAGGGAUUCAGAUUUUUGAUCACCGAUAGACCUUCUGACCAAAGCAUCUUAAUGUACAUCCAGGAACUGAAGAAACACAAGGUAACAGCUGUGGUGCGCGUGUGCGAACCAUCCUACAAGACCGACGAGCUGAAAAAUUGCAGCAUUGCAGUCUUCGAUCUUAGCUACGACGAUGGGACGUUCCCUCCGAACGACAUAGUCGAGGAAUGGUUCAAAGUCCUGAAGACCGAGUUCAAUCACCAUCCAGAAGGUUGUGUAGCAGUCCACUGCGUAGCUGGACUUGGCCGUGCUCCGGUCAUGGUCGCACUUGCUCUCAUCGAACUGGGUCUUAAAUAUGAGGAGGCUGUGGAGCUGAUUAGAGAGAAGAGGCGAGGUGCAAUAAACGCAAAGCAAUUGGCGUACCUGGAGAAGUACCGUCCAAAGUCACGUCUCAAAUCUAAAAACGGACGUCAAAAUUCAUGCUGCGUUCAGUAACCUGAAGCAAACUAAAAAUCUCCACAUAGAAUAUAUAACCUACUUAAUACUAUGUGUUCAUCUCUAAAAUAUACAGGACGCUAAUAGUAAUGUUUUAAACAAUAUGUGUGGAAUAUACGUAAAGUAAAAAUAAAACUGCUUCCUCUCUUUAUGUUAAAAAAAAAUCAAAAAUCAUUUUGAAUUGCUGUCGAACAUGUCUUAGGUUUACUGGUAAAAAUAUGACAUUAGGAUAAAUAAGUAUACUUGUUGAUUGGUUUCGGAUAAAAAAAAAUAUGUUCUUGAAACAGAUAGUGGAUGUUCCUACAAGAUUUGGCAGUAAAUUUGAGUUUUUUUUUUGGCUUUCAAAUUUCAGCAGUGAAGUUGAGUUAUUUUUAGUUUCGGUUUUGAUUUUUGAUAUAGAUGUACCACUUUCUACUACUAUUUUAUAAAUUAUAGUAUUCAGAUUAGAUCACUUUUUCAUAGACUUUUGACGAGUAUAUCCAUACUAUUACUUUCUUCUAAUUUUUUUUUGUUUCUGUUCUAAACCCUUCAUUCACUGUAUUCAAUUUUGUUCCCCAUUUAAUUAAGUUCAUGACUGCAGCCAAUGACAUCCAAAACAAUGUUAAUUAAUCAUUUACCAAAUUUACAGGUUUAAGCGUAAUAAGUUGACCCAAUCCAAUACCUACAAGAUUUUAAUUUUACAAAUUUGAUUAUAUUUAUUUUAAAGAUUUUAUUAUUAACAUGGCAAAUUAUCACAUUAGCUUUCGAUAUUUUUAUUGUAGUCUCCCGAAAAAUAUAUUUUAAUAUUAUGGGUAACAA